AUGCUCAAUUUUCAUAAUGUCUGCUCAGUACCCAGCUCCUUCUGGCUCACUGGCAUCCCAGGGCUGGAGUCCCUGCACAUCUGGCUCUCCAUCCCCUUUGGCUCCAUGUACCUGGUGGCUGUGGUGGGGAAUGUGACCAUCCUGGCUGUGGUAAGGGUAGAGCGUAGCCUGCACCAGCCCAUGUACUUUUUCCUGUGCAUGUUGGCUGCCAUUGACCUGGUUCUGUCUACUUCCACUAUGCCUAAACUUCUUGGAAUCUUCUGGUUUGGUGCUGGUGACAUCGGCCUGGAUGCCUGCUUGGGCCAAAUGUUCCUUAUCCACUGCUUUGCCACUGUUGAGUCGGGCAUCUUCCUUGCCAUGGCUUUUGAUCGCUACGUGGCCAUCUGCAACCCACUACGUCAUAGCAUGGUGCUCACUCAUGCAGUGGUGGGUCGUUUGGGGUUGGUUUCCCUCUUCCGGGGGGUUCUCUACAUUGGACCUCUGCCUCUGAUGAUCCGCCUGUGGCUGCCCCUUUAUAAAGCCCAUGUCAUUUCCCACUCCUAUUGUGAGCACAUGGCUGUAGUUGCCUUGACUUGUGGUGACAGCAGGGUCAAUAAUAUCUAUGGGCUGAGCAUUGGCUUUCUGGUGUUGAUCCUGGACUCAGUGGCUAUUGCUGCCUCCUAUGUGAUGAUUUUCAGGGCCGUGAUGGGGCUAGCCACUCCCGAGGCCAGGCUUAAAACCCUGGGGACAUGCGGUUCACACAUGUGUGCCAUCCUGAUCUUUUAUGUUCCCAUUGCCGUUUCUUCCCUGAUUCAUCGAUUUGGUCGCUGUGUGCCUCCGCCAGUUCACACACUGCUGGCCAACUUCUAUCUCCUCAUUCCUCCAAUCCUCAAUCCCAUUGUCUAUGCUGUUCGCACCAAGCCGAUCCGAGAGAGGCUUCUCCAAAUCCUGAGGAUAGAAAGGAAGAUUAGCUGACUGCUAUUUUCUUCUCAACUAAGCUCAUGGAGAAGGUGUUUAAAUAUGGUAGGCUGCUUCCUGUUGGGAACUUUACAAACAGUUUGAGAUAUUAGGCCCUGUGGUCUCCAACUUUUGUAGUUCCAAAGGAAUACUAAGAAAGUAUACAACUCUAAAUCCUAAAGGUGGAAAAUAUAAAACUUAUGACUAAAAGAUAUUUGAGCUCAAAGAAGGUAAACCAACAGUAACAGCAACAAACUGCUAACAUUUAGCAUUGUGUCAUGUAACUCUUGGAAAUAUCCUGACAUGAAGUAUUGUUUAUAUUUUAUGAGGAAAUAGGACAGAACACCCUUGCUCUAUGAACUGCAUACAGUUACUUAAGCUGCCUUGCUCCAUGUUUUGGUUGGAGUUUGUAAUACAUUGUUACGUAUUAAUACUUUCUACUCUUUGUUUCCUGUAUAUCUUUUAAGAGGUAAAUUCUAAAAACUAAAUCAUUUAAUUGAUGUUUCCUUAGCUACAAGAUACUUCCCGAGUUUAGCUUCUAGUGAUUGAGAUGAUCAAACUGCUGGUAAUAAUGUGUUCUAGAAGACUUAUUUGUAUGCCCAGAAGAUUUGGGGAUACUUAUGAAAGAGAAUGUGGCCCCCCAAAAUUUGUCAGGUAAAUGAAGGAAAAUGAGACAAGAUUACCAUGUCUCAACAUUGCCUUUGUUGUAUUCUCUGCAGGCUUGAGACAUAUGAGGGCUCUGUGGAAAUAAGCCUUCCUUUUCCCACAGAAACACUCCCAAACCCUGAUCCAUCUGUAGGAUUCCUGCCGACAGUUCUACAUCCUUAAAAUGAAUCAGCAUAAAUUGUGUUAUACAAUUUAUAAAGACACUGACUUCAUCCUGCAGAUUAAAUGUUAGCACAAUAACUAGAAUGUAGUUAAUGUGAAUAAAGUAUUUAGU